UAGUACAUGCUAUGGCGUUUACCAUUAAUUUUGUUAAAUCUCGCUUACUUUUAUAAACAAAUGAUGCCGCUUAAUGAAGGGGAUACUGAUCCAUCUCAAGCACGACAACCUGAUGUUUUGUAAACCGGCACUACCGCAUAGCUGACAGACCCGUCUAUUUACAGGGCUUCUAGUAUAAUAUGGUCGUUUCGCCAACGUCGGUAAAUCAGGUGAAAAAGCAGGCGAAACGACAGCUUUAAUAUAUACCCUAGAGUUAAACCUUACCUUUAAUGAGUAACCGCUGUGUUCGAAAAGCUGGACUACCCUGAAUGACAGCUACUUUCAAUCCUUUUAAAAUUUGACGAAACAUUCCAACUAAGAUAAGGAAAUAAAUGAUCUUUCGCUACAUUUUCAGACAAACAAAAUCCUGUUACUCGUCCGCCAUAUUGGAUUUUAUAAUGAAAAUCCGCUGGAUGUAAUGCACGCAUCUCCUGUUCCUCGACCCAGCUCUCCCUUGAUGAUGUGUCUGCUUUGCAUGCUGUGACGCAUUGCUCCGCGUGGUGGGGUAACUAUAAAUUAGCCAGUGAGGGAACGUGUGUGAAAUAUCUGAAUUCUCUUCCGUGUAGCGGCGUUUAUGCUCGUCUUUUAUUUACGCUUUGAUAGUUUAAGAGUUCGGCUGAUGAUACAUAAUUGAAAAGAGCUUGGUAAGCAUUAAUAUGCGGAAAAGCGAAGCCGUAAAACAACUAACUUCGUGCCACGAAGUACAAGGCGACAUGGAACACAAGAAUUUUGAGUUCGUACCAGACACGGUCGGCGAUAAAAUCUCUAGUUCUUCAACUGAUGAAAUUUCACAGCACAACAUGGGAAGCAAUGGCAGUCUUCAAAGUGACUUAGAAGAAGGAGAAUUAAUUGAAGGCAUUGAAGCAAAUGAUGUCAGUGCCUUAUUGGAACAGUUCCUGGAAUAUGAAGAAAAACAAGUUUCACUGGAUUGCUCAUCAUCGUCAUUGUCUUUGCGUUCUUCCCUUGAGGAUACGUCUCCUGAAGCCAAAGCUAUUGCACUCAAGAUAACUUCCGUUGUGGAGGCUCAAGAUAUAGAUUUUGAGUUAGCAGCUGAUGCAAAGAAUGGUGGCCCAUCUUGCCUUGAUUUGGAGAGUUCUGGGAAUUUACCUGAAAGUAAUGAAGUGCAUGGUGUAAUGGACAAUGGGUCGUUUAAGAAUGGUGUGGAACAACUCAGGGAGAGCCUUAAAAGUGAUGGGAAAUCCUGUGUUGAUAACCAUGCAACAGAUCACAAUUAUGCCUGCAGUGGAUUUCCCACGAGGAAAGCAGCAUCACAAAGACCUGAAAUUAGUGGUUGUUUAGUUGCAAAUGGAUUCAAAUCUACAAAUAGUCCAAAAAAGGCUUUAGCUUCAGCCUUGGAGCACAAAAGUGAAAAGUGUAUUUCUAACAGAGCUGAAAUGAGUCAGUCCAGGAAAAGACAAUUAAGUGCCUGCAACAAAGGGUCUACAGAUAAAGAAAGAAUACUUCCAAAACGCUAUAGAGGGCCAUACUGUGAGGAUAAUUCCAAAGGCGAUAACAGCUCUGAUGAAGAUCAUCAUUAUAACAGGAGCCGUAGCAGACUUCAUAGCAGUUCUGAUGAACAGAGUGAUCAUGAAAGAAGCCAGCACAGCAGAAAGUACAGAAGUAGCUCGGAUGCAGAUAAGAAUCAUUAUAAGAGAAGUUAUCGAAGGAACAGCUUAUGCUCAAGUGACAGUUUUGAUGAAAGAGAUUGUUCCAGUUCAGAUGAGGACAGUAGGCAUGAAAGGAGACGCAGGUAUGAUCCAAGAGGCUCUAAGUCUGACUUGCAUCAUAAAUGCUCAAGUGGUAGUGAAAGAGAUUCUGACAGCCACAGGAGUCAUCAUAGAAGAAGACAGAGGUCUCACAGUAAAGACCACUCAGCAAAGAGAAAUGAUGGGAAAGAGAACAAAACGUUUCAUGAUAUUGAACUGGAAAGGAAAAUGGGUUUCAAGUUUGACCAUAACAUAAAGGGCACUGCAAAGGAAGAGAGACGUAUAGUGUACAUUGGGAAAAUAUCAGACAAGACAACUAAAGAUGAUGUUUGGAGACGAUUUCGUCCAUUUGGCCCUAUUGAAAAAGUCACUGUCCACUUUCGGGACAAAGGGGACAACUAUGCUUUUGUAACCUUCUUUGACCACUCCUCAGCUGCAGAAGCAAUUGAAAGGGGCAAUGAAGACACCCAUCUUCCCGUAUUGGACAUUUGUUUUGGCGGAAGAAGAAAGUUUUGUGGUGGAAGUUAUGUUGACUUUGACUCAAACACCAGUUAUCUUGAAGAACAAAAAUACAGUCGCCCUCCAUCAUCUGAUGAGAUGGAUUUUGAUGCCCUGCUGAGGCUCUCACAGAAAAGUGUAAAAGGAAGAAAGGAAUCUUGCAAAGGCAGAUGAACAUAAUUGAGACAAUGAAUUUAUUGAACAUACUUAUGAAGUAUAAUGAACUUCUAAUGAUAUUUAACUUAACUGUUAAAGAGAAAAUGAAUAUUAGAUGUUAUUUUUUGUAUUGUGCUUAUUACACUAAGAAACUUUCUGUUUAGCUAUAAUGGAAAGAAACUUAAUCAUUACGACGGGCUUGAACUUUCUCAGUUAACAAAAUUUUGAAAGCCACAAUAAUAAAAUUUGGAAACAAUUACAAAUAUUUUAUGAUUGAGGUGUACAUGUAUUAUCAUUCAUUAUUGGUGACGAACGGAUUGAACAAUGAUGGGUAUAAUUAGGUAUCGCAAUGUUGGUGUGAUGUGGUAACCAAGUGUAUCUCUAAAGCUACUAUUGAACAAUAAUGGAUUGAACAAUGAUGGUUAUAAUUAGGUAUCACAAUU